CCGUAAAACCCAACAGAAGAAGAAGAAGACUAAUAGCCCAAGAGGCAGUGUUUAACAACCAUGGAAGUCGACAUACUACUUGAAGCGUGUAAUGAUUUCGAGAAGAAGGGGAAGAAGGAGCCAUCCCCAGUAUUGGAGCAAUUUCUGUGUCACAUUGCCAAAACUGGAGAUACACUGAUCCAGUGGUCUCAAUUUAAAAGCUACUUCGUCUACAAGCUGGAGAAGGUAAUGGAGGACUUCCAUGCGUCAUACCCAGAGCAGCGUGGCUCACCCAACCCCAAUGUGGACUACAUUCCCUACGGAGAAAUGAAGGAGAGGAUUUUGAAGAUUGUGGAUGGAUAUCAAGGGAUUCCUUUCACGAUCCAGCGGUUAUGUGAGCUCCUUACGGAACCCAAGAGGAAUUACUCAGGGACUGAGAAGUUCCUCAGAGGUGUGGAGAAAAAUGUAAUGGUGGUCAGCUGCAUCUAUCCACGUUCAGAAAAAAAUGAGUCAACCAACAUCAGCAAAGUGAAUGGGGAUGUGUCGGGAAAUUCGGUGACCUACACAGUCAGGAAAGCAAAUGGACCAGACUCUCCACGGACCCUGAGCAGACCAACUGCAAAGCAUUUUUUCUCCAUCUUUGCAGCCACCAAUGGCCUUCCGGACAGCACAGAGCGCAAGAAGUCCCUUGCAGAGUCUACACAGAAAGCUCUCAGUGAUUCAGCCUCCUCAUCAACGUCGUCAUCUUCAUCGACAUCAGAGGCCGACUCAUCUCACUCCAGUCUGAUGAAGAACAAGCACCUGCAUGAGGAAGAGGAUGAGGAAGACGACUGCUCUGCCGAGGCCAAAGGCCAGGAGGCAAAGCGGGCCAAGCUGGACAAGGACGACUUGGAGGUGGAAGAAGACGACGACGAUGAGGAGGACAACGAGGAAGAUGAUGAGGAUGAUGAAUACGAGGAAGGGAAGUUCUCGCCAGAGUCCAAUGAACCUCCGAGCUCGUCCAGUCUACCUCAGUCGUCCACAGAUGUCAACACCAAGGCCAACGUAGAGAGUUCACCCACAGAGGAGCCAGCCUCAGAGGAGCAAGAGCCAUCCAGCACCCAGACUGAGCCCUUGGACAGCGCAGACAGCAAGUCAGAAAGUGAAACAUCCCCUGAGCCUGCCCAUGAACAGGGAAACAGAGUGGCAUUGGACCAAUCAGAGGAAUCCUGCACGGUUAGCUCUAGAGCUGGGCAGUCCGAGAGCGGCGAUCCUGUCAGCAGCAGUGAGGAGGGCAAACCUGGCGAAGAGUCAACCUGUGCUAAGCCCAGCAGCCCAGCAGAGGGCAGUGCGAGUGCAGUGGGAAGCAGUUUAGACAGCACAGACGCACCAGCAGAGCAAACUUCGGAAGAGGACUAGCACCCGCUAAUGGGCUACAUACUCUGUACUGUCAAGGAAAACCAAUACAGAUCUUUUCUAAACCAGAGGACCUCUUAGCAACCCCAACUACUGACUACACCAUGAGAUAGUGGACAGGGUGGAAGGGGCUGUUUCUGUGCUGGACCUGCCUGUGGUAUCUACAUGCACAGAUAUUUUAACCUUUUGAAAUUCCUUGGGAUUCGUGUACUUUUUGUACAUAUGAAGCCAUUUUUUUCCCCCUUCCUGUAACAAAGACACUCAAAUAGAGGCCGGUGUCCCACAUGCUUGCAAAAAUGUGUGGGGCACAUCUUAACAUUGUUUUAAAACAAGCUUGUUUUUUCCUCCGUUUUUCCUCUGUAUCUCGGUUAAAUUAUGUUGGCUGGCUAUGCCUUAACCUGUCUACUUCUGUAUCCUUGUCUGGCCUGAGAAGGAAAUGAGGAAAAACCAAUCCAGAACAUUUGGGGUCAACACUGCCCUCUUGAGGACAAAGUCAGCUGUUGUGAUGCUAACCCCUCAAAACAUUUUUUUUUUUUUUUCCGAAAAGCCUUGAUGGACUCAUGCAAUGUAUUAUGUCAGUUUUGUUUGAUUAGAGAUAAUAGACGUUAAUAAUGUUUACUCAAAAUCUGGCAUGAUUGAUGAUGUGGCAACAUUUUUAUGGCAAUAGUCGUAACUUGUUCAAUACACAUACAACCCCUGGCAAGAGGUAGGGAAUCACCUGUCAUGGAGGAUGUUCAUUCAGUCGUUCAUUCUUUUUUUUUCUAUAAAAAUUUAAACGGCUGAAUGAACAUCCUCAAUGACAGGUGAUACCAUCCUCUAUUUUUUACGAGGAUUUGUACUUAAGGAUUUGUUAGUUUGCAAUUUCUUGGAUAUCUGAUUAAUUCUGAACGAAAUAGGAACCAAGCAUGCCCCCAAACAACAGUGUGUACCAGGCUUGGCGAAAGGCAAUGAUUGCAAUAUUUAGUUCUGUACAUGAAACAUAGCCUGGUUGAGUUGGCAAACUUGCAUAGCACUGUCUUUGUUGCAAUGCAAAUUAUUUUUUAUAAACACUACCUUAAGGAUUAAGGGAAAACCCUUGUGUUGGUUGCCUCAGUGUAGUCCUAUAUCCUGAGGAAAGUAACAUUCAGGGUUCCCACUGGUGCUUGAAUUCCUUGAAAAUGCUUGAAUUUCAAUUAAGUGUUUUUAAGGUUGUGAAAGUGCUUGAAUUUUUGGUAGUUGAAAAUAGUACUUGAAAAUGCUUGAAAUGUAUGUCAAGUCAAACUCAGUAAGCUAAAUAAUAGAAAUAAAUUGUUCAGUUACAUCAAAAAUCUGAGUGACUGAGAUGGGAUUUGCCAUUCGACACCCUAAAAUUGAUUAGAAUGCAGGAAUUUGCAUCUUAAAAACACAUUUUUUAAAAACACACCCCCUUCCCGCGACCUAUUAAAGGUGCUGGAAAACUGAAAAUUUGGUGCUUGAAAAGUGCUUGAAUUUGUUCAUGAAAAAGGUGUGGGAACCCUGAACAGUAUUAUAUAUAUUAUGUUCUCAUCACCUAGUAAGGAGUUUGUUUAUCUAGCCACUACUGGAUCAUGUAAAAAAGCCUUUUGUGUUCAUUUCAGGCAGGAGUGCCAAAGUAAUUCUGAAUUAUUUGAAUUAUUCAAAACUGUUAUGCCUGUAUAUCCCACUCGGCCACCCGUCUCAUCUUUUACCCAUUUCUGUAAAUCAUUUUUGAUAUGUAGGCCUAGAACUUCUAAAUUUCUGUAAAGUAGAUUUUUUUAGAUUGUAAUAUGUGUCUUUUUUUCCCUGACAGGUUAAAAAGAACCUAUGAUUUCUCAGUAAAAUUGAAUGUUUGCGCUUUCGAUACAGCAUUCAUUAGAAAGCAAUAAAUGUUUGACACAUGCAA